GUUAUGAUAUUUGUAGAUAGCCGAAGUAUGGCUGACCGGAUUGCAAGUUAUCUGAAUAAUCAUACCCCAGAGGCCCUACGGAACCAGAAGUAUGCACGACACUACCAUGGCGGCAUGUCGCAACAGUACCUAGAUGAAACAUGUGAAGCCUUUACGAGACCUGAUGGCCCAUGUCGGAUACUCGUAGCUACAUCAGGUGCCGCAACAGGUGUUGACACUCGAGACGUCCACAUGGUCAUCCAAUAUGGAAUAUGCCCUAACUCUGCAGAUGCUCUACAGAGAGGCGGUCGGGCAGGACGUGAUGAGGAAAUAGACGCGUUAUUUCUUUCUAUGAUCGAGCCCUGGGUGUAUGAUGUUGUGCUG